UUCCAUAAAGUGGCUAAACCCUAACAGUUUGUAAACGUUGCUCAGCAAGUAACGUACUAAAAUUUAGUUAUUGUUAAUACAGUUUAUACCUGACCUACAAAAAUUAAAAUGUCACAUCACGGACCAUACGGUGGACCACCACAUCAUCAUCAUGGACCUCCACAUCAUGGACCUCCACCCCAUCAUCAUGGACCGCCACAUCAUGGGCCUCCACAUCACGGACCACCACACCACGGACCUCCACCACAUCACCAUGAUCACCAUCAUCAUGGACAUCCACCACAUCACCAUGAUCAUCAUCAUCAUCAUCAUGGGCCACCACAUCAUGGACCUCCACACCACCACCACCAUUGUUAGGAAUAUUAAAUGCUGUUUAUAAAAAGAUUUAUUAAUUGUUAUAUAUUUUAUAUUAAUAUCAUUUUUUUAAAAUUUUUUAUGAUUUUACUUAUUAAAUAUAUACUUUUAGUGGAAAGUCGUUAAAACUCUUGCUAGUUGAUUAUUUAAUGACUAUGGGAUUAUAUGUUUAAUACAAGCUUAA